AUGUCUGCUAUAGCAAGAUUGGGUCAAACCCAACGUCAUUUAUCAACAACAGUCGCUUACAACACCGUCACCGAAGGUUCCAAAUAUUCUUCAGAUUUUAAAGGUUAUUUGAAAUUACCAAAUGGUGAAUUAGGUUCUUACUUCCAUGAUAUCCCAUUAAGUCUAAACAAAGAGGCCAAAACUGUUAAUGUUGUGAUUGAAAUUCCAAGAUGGACAAAUGCAAAAUUUGAAAUCAGUAAGAAAAACAAAUUAAAUCCAAUAACUCAAGAUAUCAAGUAUGGUGAAGUUCGUUUUGUUAACAACUUAUUCCCCUUUAAAGGUUAUAUGCAUAAUUAUGGUGCAAUUCCUCAGACUUGGGAUGAUCCAACUGUUACCGAUAAGGAAACUGGUUUCAAAGGUGAUGAUGACCCAAUAGAUGUUUGUGAAAUCGGCCAACGAGUUGCAAAAUUAGGGGACGUGUUCGAAGCUAAAGUCUUGGGUGGAUUAGCUUUGAUUGAUGGUGGUGAGCUGGAUUGGAAAAUCAUUGUCAUUGACACUCGUGAUCCAUUAGCUAAUGAAUUGAAUGACAUUACAGAUGUUGAUGCUAGAUUUCCAGGGUUAUUGGAAAGCACAAGAAGAUGGUUCAAAGACUAUAAAAUACCAGAUGGGAAACCAGAAAAUGAAUUUGGCUUUGAGGGUAGAUUUUUAAAUGCUGAGAAGGCCAUUGAUGUUAUUGCACAUUCAAAUGGUGCUUGGAAAAAAUUAGUUGAAGGUGGUUUAGAUUAUCCAAAGUUACCUCACAUUGAAAAUACAACUUUGAACGGGUCACCAGGAUUCAUACAAGUAAAUGAAGAAGAGUUUUUGACUCUUGGUCCAAAAGCAGAUACUGAGAUUCCAGCAUCUGUUGAUAGAGUUUAUUAUGUUUGA